CAGCAGUCUCUUCGCCGUCAUCCGCGACAAUGCCCCGCACGCUGGGUUGGCGACCUUCCCGAUUGAUCCAGGUCCGCCGUCCUAUCGCCGCCAUCACUCGUCCGACAAAACCAUUCUUCUCCCCGCCGGCUUCUGUCUCCCCUUUCUCCCUCACCAAAACAUACCUGACCGAGUCGAUCCGCGCCCACCAAGCUCGCAAAAUGGCUCCCCAACUCGACAGCUACUUCCAAAAGGUGGACUCCCUGUCGGACCACUUCAUCGACCGCCUGCGCCAGGCCGUCGCCAUCCCCUCCAUCUCGUCCGAGGCUGCCCGCCGUCCCGAUGUCGUCCGCAUGGGCCAGUGGCUCGCCGAUGAGCUGACCAAGCUGGGCGCCACCGUCGAGCUCCGUCCUCUCGGCAAGCAGGAGGGCACCGACCUCGAUCUCCCUCCCGUCGUCCUUGCCCGCUACGGCAACGACAAGAACAAGCGCACCAUCCUCGUCUACGGCCACUACGACGUCCAGCCCGCCGAGAAGAGCGACGGCUGGGACACGGAGCCCUUUGACCUGACCGUCAAGGAGGACGGGCGUAUGUGCGGCCGUGGUGCCACCGAUGACAAGGGCCCCGUCCUGGGCUGGCUCAACGCCAUUGAGGCUCACAAGGCCGCCGGCGUUGACUUCCCCGUCAACCUCCUCAUGUGCUUCGAGGGCAUGGAGGAGUACGGCUCGGACGGUCUCGAGGAGCUCGUCAUGGCUGAGGGCAAAAAGUACUUUGCCGAUGCCGACGCCGUUUGCAUCAGCGACAACUACUGGCUCGGCACCGAGCGUCCCUGCCUGACCUACGGUCUCCGUGGCUGCAACUACUACAGCGUCGAGGUUUCCGGCCCCGGUGCCGAUCUUCACUCUGGUGUCUUUGGCGGUACCGCCCAGGAGCCCAUGACCGACCUCGUCCGCAUCCUUGCCUCGCUUGUCGACACCGACGGCAAGAUCCAGAUCAAGGGCAUUGCCGAGCAGGUCGCCCCCGUGACCCCCGAGGAGGAUGGUUUGUACGACGACAUUGCCUUCACCAUGGAGACCCUCCACGAGUCGCUCGGUAGCAAGACCACCAUCUUCGAGGACAAGAAGAAGACCCUCAUGGCCCGCUGGCGCUUCCCUUCCCUGUCCAUCCACGGUGUCGAGGGUGCCUUUUCCAACCCUGGAGCCAAGACCGUCAUUCCCGCCAAGGUCAUCGGCAAGUUCUCGAUCCGCACCGUGCCCGACAUGGAGAUUGAGAAGACCAACCAGUGCGUGUACGAUCACGUCAACGAGGUGUUCAAGAAGCUCGGCUCCAAGAACACCAUGAAGGUGUAUGCCCAGCACUGCGGCAAGUGGUGGAAGGCCAGCCCCAACCACUGGAACUUUGCCGCUGCUGCCAAGGCUACCGAGCGUGUCUGGGGCAUGAAGCCCGAUUUCACUCGCGAGGGUGGUUCCAUUCCGAUUACCCUGACUUUCGAGGAGGCUACUGGCAAGAACGUUCUUUUGCUGCCCAUGGGCAGCUCCACCGACGGUGCUCACUCCAUCAAUGAGAAGCUUGACAAGAAGAACUACAUUGAGGGCAUCAAGCUCUUGGGUGCCUAUCUGCACUACGUUGCUGAGGAGCCCAUGAACGCUUAAGCGGGAGUGGUUGCGGUUGGGAGGAGUAGCAGCAUGGAGUGCGGCGUCAUGCGAGGACGGUCAUGUAGGACACAUUUCGUGUCAGUGGAUGAUGUUGGAAAGUAGUCAAUUAGUUCAGUUCGAAAUACCCAUUAUGUGAUACCAGUU